UACAUCAAAAUGAGAAUUUUCAUCUCUAUCAAAUGUACAGUUUUGUAAUUAACAGAAACACAAAAAUUCGAACGGCCGUAUUUACGGAACGAAUUUUGCCUAUGAACAAACUUAAUCGUGGAAUUCGAGAUCGGAAACUGAAUGUUGAUGCAAAACUUUGACUGGAUCGUUCACCUGAACUCCUCAUUUAGUUUUUAGUUGAAUUGACUGUCAAAAAUGACAUAAAAUAAAUCACAUCUCAUAUAUACAGGCCUUCACGGCCGCAUAAAUGCUCAAUAUCUGCUGACGCCAAAUUAGUGCUCUUAUUGAAAUUUUAAAUAUCUUAUAUUCGCUCUGAAAUCAGAUGUGAACGGUUUCAUAUAAUAGCCGAGAACUCUCAGGAUUUUGACAUACCAUCUUCCCUUAUCGAUCUGAUAAUGAAUUUAUCUACCAAAUACUUGGAAAAAUGCACUCCAAUCUUAUUAUAUGAUAUGAAACCGAAUGAAAAUAUUGAGGAUAUUUUUAUAAACGAUUUGCUUCGAAGAUUCAACUUGCCUCGAAUUCAUGGAGACGCUCAAGGAAAAUCCUCGAGAAAUUCGAAUUUAUUUCGUUAUAACCACACAUGUAAGGUUUUUAUAUUGUUUGUAGAGGACGUCAUGGACACCAAUAUGAUUUUGGGGCCUCAGAAUAAAAACCAGGGGAGUUAUUUGAAAAGUGAUUGUGGUUACAAAAUCAUCACAAUGGCGCGUACAUAAGUACCUAUCCGAACGUUCUUCACAGAAGAUAGUUAAUCUUCUCGUAAUAUCCAAAUCAGAAAUGGUUGUGGAAGAUGGUGAGCAAACUCCCUAUGUCCUUUACACCCACAAAUUGUACAUCGACGCUAUAGCGUCCAGCAAACAUGUAGUUCUCACCUCUUGGAUGAAUGGCAGGCUUACCCGACCAAAUAUCACCCUAUUCCCUAAAAAAAUGUCCGAAGGCUUUGCUGGUCAUAGGUUCACGAUAUCUUUGGCUCACUUUCCUCCUUUUGUCAUAAAAAGGACCGUCGACGUGAAUGAUAACAUCGUAUGGGAUGGAUUGGAAGUUCGACUCAUCAAAAUUUUAGCCAAGACUUUUAAUUUUACAACCGAUUUUAUUGAAGCUCCGAACUCUGAUGAUUUAGUAUCAGCAGAUGAUGUAGUUGAAUUUAUCAAAGCAGGCAGAGCUAAUCUUGGAAUAUCAGGCAUUUUCGUAUCCAACGAAAUCGCAAAAAUUGUCGACAUUUCCAACAUGUACCAUCAAGACUGUGCUGCUUUUAUAACACUAACCUCUACAGCACUUCCGAGGUACAGAGCAAUUAUGGGUCCUUUCCACUGGACUGUGUGGUUAAGCUUAACCCUUAUCUACCUUUUCGCUAUAUUUCCUCUAAACUUCUCACAUAAGCAUACUCUGAAACCACUUUUGAAAAACCCCGAAGAAAUUGGAAAUAUGUUCUGGUAUGUUUUUGGAAACUUUACCAACGCAUUCACAUUCAAUCGCGGCGAUUCUUGGACUAACUCUGACAAGAUUGCAACACGAGUUUUUAUAGGAUUCUAUUGGAUUUUCACGAUAAUAAUUUCAUCUUGUUACACAGGAUCUAUCAUUGCCUUCGUAACAUUACCUGUUUAUCCAGAAACGGUAGAUACAGUAUCUAAACUUCUCCAAGGACAUUAUCGAAUUGGAACAUUAGAUAAAUCAGGAUGGGUCAAUCGCUUCGAAAAUUCCAGUGAUCCUAUGGUUGAAAAACUCAUGAGUGAGGUGGAUUUGGUUCCAACUGUAGAAGAAGGUGUAAAAAAUACAACCAAAGCACUUUUUUGGCCUUAUGCUUUUUUGGGAUCUAGAGCUAAUUUAGACUAUAUCAUACGCACCAAGUUUGUGCCCAAGAAAAGAAGAGCUAUUCUUCACAUCGGUGACGAAUGUUUAACAACAUAUUCUAUAGCUAUGAUUUAUCCCAAGAAUUCUGAGUACGGAGCUGUUCUCAGCGCAGGUUUGGAUCGUGUAGUACAGGCAGGAUUCUUGAAGAAGAUGGAGAGAGACGUUGAAUGGUUGGUGAUGAGGUCUUCUACAGGAACUCUUUUAGCGGCAAACAAAGGGAAAGCAAGCUCUCUAACAGUAGAGGACAGAGCACUGACACUUGAUGAUACCCAAGGUAUGUUCUUACUACUCGGAAUUGGUUUCAUCAUGAGCAUUGCUAGUCUCUUCUUUGAAAUAUUUGGAGGUUGUUUCAAUGUAUGUAAGAAGAAGGAACGUUUCAAAAGUGGUGGCAGCCUACCCAGCAAUCCUAGAUCUUACAACGGGAUAACUCCAAAACAACGAACACAAUUCGUAACUACAAUAAACAUCUACAACAUGGAUAUGACUACGAUCAAUAACAACGAUUUUAAUAGGCAAUUGGUGGUAAAUACUGAGGUAUUGGAGGAUGCAUAUAGAUCCAAUGAUUCCAACGAUGGCAGUCUCAAUUCAGCAGAGAUUGAGAAUAAAAUAGAUGAUCUAUUUGAUUUUGAGGAAUAUUUUGGGGAAAAAACCAUUGAUGAUCUUUAUUCAGAAAAGUGAAACAUUUGUUAGAAUUAAUUUAUGCUUACAGUAUUCCAAAUAGUAUAAGAGCCAGUAGACGGCAGACCACAUAUAUUUCAGGAAAGGCUAGCUAAGCGUUUAUAUGAACUUUUUUUCAUGAAAAGAGUUGUUCUAUCCGACGCCAAAGAUAUUGAACUAAAAUCAGGACCAACCUGUAUUUUCAUAUUCGCGAGGGAGAAAGAUUUUACUGUUUGCUAGGUCGAAGGAACCGACGUAUUGGUCUGCCUUCAGAAGUUUAUACUUCUGAAACUUCAAAAAAUGAUGUACACUAGUGGAAUAAAUUAAAGGAUCAAAAUAAAAUUCGAAAUUUUAGCGGUUUUUCGAAUGGCUGUAUUUUUGUUAACAAUGAUCGUCUCUCAAUUUAAAAAAAAAACUUUUUAUCUGUGUUCGUCGUUUUGAUAAUUCCAAGAAUUUAUAACAAUAUAGAAUACAACCAAUAAGUGAUAAAUAUCUCAAAUUUCAGUUGUCAGCAUGUUUUCAGCAUAGAAAAUGACCACAAAAUUUCUUUCGAAUAAUUCAUAUUUUGUCUUUAGGCAUAUUUUUUCUCCUGCUUUCAAUUGUUUUUCACUAAUUAAUUAUUUCAUAUAUGAGCAAAUUCUUAUAGGUACUUCACUAGACGUUCACUGUGUUUUCAAGAAGAUAUUUACUAUUUACUUUCAUUCACGACUUUCACGAGAUAGGUAUAUUAAUCCUGAAUAAAUCAAAUUCUUUAAACGUUUUCCAAUUUCAAAAUUCAUAGAAAAAAAUGUUAGAUGAUGACAACUUUGAAUGACGAUAUCGAAGCUGAAUAUAUGCCCUUUUUUAAAUCUGAAAAAUGAUUUUGAAUUCGAAAUACAAAGUGCUAUUUUUAAACUGAACACUUCAAAAGAGGAGAAAGGACUCUUUCCUUGGAAUAUAAAAAAAAAAUUAUAUCUCUCUGACUCGACCUCGGCAUGUGUCAAUAAUAUCCCAAGUUUCAAUAAAAUCCGCCGAUGAGUUUGGUUCUGAUGAUGGUUUCAUUAUUUCCAUGAAUAUGAAAACUCACCCUGCAGCUUUUUGAGGAAAGGUUGAAAUUAAUGUUUUAUAGUAAAUUCGUAAUUCCCCAGUCCUACUCUACCCCUGAUAAGAAUUUGUAUAGUUACUUUCGGGACACCCUGUAUAACAUGUUAUCAGAUCAUUGAGGGGGGACCCACAGUAGCCACUGUCGUGGUUGAAGAAGAAGAAGAUCAUUGAGGGGACGUGCAUAAAACGCAUUCAAUAUUAUUGAUAUUAGGUCUAUGAUCUUUAUCUAUGGUAAGGUUAUUUUUUUUUCUCUGUCGGUGUCAGAUAAACAUUGACAGUUCAGUAAUGAUGUUUUUGUAUGGCUAACAAAUGCAAAAUACAAUGCGAUGCAUGUCUAAGAUUAGCAAUGAUAGUACUUAUUAUAACAGGAAUUCUUUCAGCGGUGCCAAGUGCCAUGAGAAUUCAUAACAAAAAUAGGAUUUAUUUCAUCGCUUUCCUCUCAAUGCUUUGUCUCUGUUCAAUUUUAGGACUCAUAGGACUCGGUUGUAAGAUUUUGAGAGCUCUGAUGAUCUUGUUUUGUAUUCUUUUGGCCUUAUCUUUAGUGAUGGAUUCGGCAAUUUUAGCCAGUGAUCUCUGUUCAGUCGAUACUCCUAGCACAAUAUUUUUUGAACCAGAAAAACCCAGGGGAAGACCUGGUGCCUUAAUUACAGUUGAUGACGCUGACCAAACUCAAUGCUGUCUUUUCGGAGAUACGUCUAAGGAUGUAACAGGAAAGUGGACCACUACCGUCAUUGAAGAAUGCUGCACUAAUAAGAAACAAUAUAAUACCGUUAUAUCGAAGAUAUGUAAAUUGAAGGGUUACGGUAAUUUCGAAUAUCGAUGUAAUAGUUUAAGAAGUGAAAAAGAGAAAUUUACCCCAGAAAAUUGUAUACUUUUGAAAACAAGUGGUGGUUUAAAGCUGGUUGUGGAUCUUUUAUUGUUAAUACUUGCAGUACUUUUUUUGAUAAGGACGAAAAAAUUGGUCAAAUAAUAAAAAUGUUCAAAAAUUUAA